AUGAGCCUCACUUCGUCGAAGGACUCAUCUCCCUCGGAUCUUGAUUCGAUACCCUUGCAAGCUAUUAACAACAGCAGACACGACGAGGGUCAGGGCAUGCCCUCGAACCCACCCGACCAUGGCGAGGCUGGUAUGAGCCAAAUGGGGAAGCACUCCAAUGGCUUGAGUGCUCCCAUGAACGGCCACGACUCAUCAGCACCCAAGCAGCAGACGAUGACCUCGCACGAGGAAAGUGGCGCAGCAUACAUGGCAGAGGAGGAGGGGGAGGACGAUGUUAUCACUGCUGUUCUGCCGGAAGCGGCGCAAGGUAUCCUCACGCCCUACCUCAUCACCUCGUCCAUCCUGGCUGGCUUCUCAGGGCUACUCUUUGGUUGGGACACGGGCCUGGCGGCUGGCAUGCUCGUAUCGAUUCAUUCAGACCUGAAUGGCCAGCCGCUAACUGCAGGAGAGCAAGAGGCAGUCGUAUCCGCGACGACUGCAGGUGCCAUCUUGGGGUCCCUAGUCGCAGGCAGGGCAGCAGAUCGUUUCGGCCGCAAGACGGUGAUAUUGGUUGCGGCUCUGUUGUUCCUGCUGGGGAGUCUGGAACAAGCUGCAUCUCAGGAUGUGCGGCAACUUGUUCUCGGGAGGGGGAUCGUCGGCGUGGCCGUUGGGGGAAGCGCGAUGGUAGUACCCCUCUACCUAGCAGAAGUGGCUCCCACUUCCCUGCGAGGCCGCAUCGUAGGCAUGAAUUCCCUUCUGGUAACGGCGGGCCAACUAGUUGCAUACCUCGUCAACGCCCUUCUCUCCCCUCUUGCUCACUCAUGGCGAUGGAUGGUCCUCGCUUCUGCCCUUCCCGCCGUCGUCCAGCUCAUCGGGCUAGCCAAGCUAGACGAAAGUCCUCGCUGGCUGGUGGGCAGGGGCAGAUACGUCGAGGCGAGGAGGGUCAUCAAGAGGAUAUACCCAAUGGCGUCCGAGGCCGAAGUGGAGGGAAUGGUAGACAGGAUGGAAAGUGGAGCAAGAGGCGGGUCAAGAGCAGCCAUGACGAGCGACGACAUCGAUGCGGAGCCUGGGUCAUCACGGCGAGCUGCAAAACCCUCCCUGCGUUCCCAAUGGCAGCAUCUCCUUCAGAGCAAACGCGCGCUCAUCCUCUCAUGCGGCCUCCAAUUCUUCCAACAAGCAUCAGGCUUCAACGCCCUCAUGUACUAUUCGCCGCGCCUCCUCAGCAUCGCAGGCUUCACCGCAAACCCAAACUCGUUUGCCACUCUGAUCGCUGUAGCCAACUUCGGGGGUACCGUCGCGGCUAUGCGGCUCGUGGAUCGGCCGGAGUGGGGCCGAAGAAGGCUGUUGAUGUGGACGACAGUGGGUAUGGCGGCGUGCCUGUUGGGACUGGCGGGGGCGUUUGCGAUGAUACCGAACGCCGGGGACGUGACAGAUGGGCCGACGAAGGGGACACCAGAGCCAAAGCCAAGCAGCGUAUUCGCGCCACCGUCGACGCCUCAGAAGGGCAACGAUACGGCGAUCAACGCAGUGCGAGCCCCUUCAUCCGUACUGGACGCCACUCUCACCUCACGGGCUACUUCAGUCCCACAGACCGGGUCUGUGGUCUGGCCCAUCCUCUCCCUCCUCCUCAUGAUCCUCACCACCCUGCUCUAUGCCCUCGGACUUGGCAUCAUACCCUGGCUCGUUACCUCGGAGUCCUUCCACGGCCCCUCGCGCUCGCUAGGCAUCGCGAUAUCAUCGGGGUGUAAUUGGACUACCAACCUGAUCUGGAGCUCGACAUACCUCAGUCUUGUGCAGGUCGUCGGUGGGCCCUCUGUGCUAUUUGUGGUGUUUGCGGGUAUGGCAGGGGGAUGUGCUGCGUUUGCUCGGGGAAGGCUGGUCGAAUUGAGAGGCGUAGGGAUUGAGGAUGUGGGUGCAGCUUUCGGCGGUAGCGACCAGCGGCAGCAGCAGCAGCGAAGGGCGCAUCAACAGGACGAGGGUGAUGGCGAGGAAAGAGCAGGGCUGCUCGAGAGCGAGAGACGCGGCCAAAUGAGGGCAUCUGACAGGGAGGAGGCAACCCCGUCCAAUGCACCGUAA